AUGUCAGAUGAUGCUGACACCAAUCCAGAAGUUCUUGAAGAGGAUCUACCAGCCAUAGAAUCGUCAGAACCUCCCUCGGACAGUAACAUCAACUUUCGUGAUCUACCUGCAUUUAACAGCGACACCGACCCUAGUGACGACGACUUUGAUCCGCUUCUCUUUGAAGGAUGGAACGGUAAAUGGACCCCACCUGAUGAUACUCGAAUCGAAUUUGACAAACAGAUGCUUGCUAAGAUCAAUGGCAUACUAAAACGAAUCUGCAUGCCGACAUGGAUCCGUCGUGCUAUACCAUGCUUGGGUAAAGCCUCGUUUGGAAAGCUCAAGGCUGACGAAUGGCGGACUCUCAUGACAUUACAACUGCCACUUAUACUUGUGCCCAUGUGGAGCAGCACCACUCACGAUACUCAGUUCAACUCCUCGCUUCUCAAGAAUUUUGCUCAUCUUGUCUCGCUUACGAAUCUUGCACUUAAGAGAUCAAUGACUUCUCAGCGAAUUGAACAAUUUCAAAAUCACACCCGUUGUUAUCUUGAGAGCUCCUUAGUUCUCUUUCCACAUUGCUCACUUGCUACAAAUCACCACAUCGUAUCUCAUUUAGCUGAAUGUUUGAAAAAGUUUGGCCCUGUGCGUUCAUGGUGGUCGUAUCCUUUCGAACGAUUAAUGCGUCGCGUGCUCCUCUCGAAUCACAACAAUCAUGUUGGUGAAUUGGAGAUCACAUUCAUGAAAACCUUUGGCCGAGCUGGUAACCUAAGUGCUCUCUUGAAAGAGGGCGAGUUUCCUUCAGAGGUCCAGCCAUACCUACCCCAAUUGCGGAGCCUGCUUGAUCCUCUCCCUCCCCAACGAAAGACCGAACCAAUACAUGAUUUACAGCCACUCAAUGAAGAACUCUUCCUUCAAUUGAUCGACAAGCUCAACGACAAACAAUUUGAAGGCCGAUCUUGGUUAAGCUCGCAAAUGUGGUCUGCAUUAUCACCUGCUGGCCGCAGAGGGUAUUCACCUACAGUUGCUCAGGCCAAAUUUCACAAGAGAUAUAAACAUGCAACACAGUCUGAUGUUAAGUUUUCAAUUUUCUCGGUCCAGCCAUCGGAUGCAAUUGUUGAAGUGUUAAUCAAGGAAACAGGUGUCACAAGGUUUGGAAAGAUUACUUCGAUAUUUACACAUGGGCGUGUUCCUGUACAAACCAAACCCGUGUAUGUUGCUCAAUGA